AAAUUAGUUAAAUACUGGAUUUUUUGUGAAGAUGUUGUUGGUACUUGUUACAUUUACCUCGUGCAUCACUUGUCAUGUCUGAAAUGUUGUGGGGAAAUGAUGAGGACGUUUUGUGCACGCAGGAUCUAGAGAUGGGAUCUGCUGACGGCGGGGGGAGCAAACUCCACCCAGCAGAUAGGAUCUCAGGCAGGCGGAGCGGAGGGCAGCUUGUGCCCAAAGGGCUCGGGCUGGUUGGUCGGGACGCUUGACAAGUCCCGCAGAAAACUUCUGAGAGAGAGGGGCAAAGUCCAGCCUGAGCGCGAGGGAAACGGGGGUGGAAGUUAACGCGUGUGGGAGCGUGCCGGGGAACUAAAACAAACAAACAAAAAAAAAUAUCGCAGGUCAUUUUAAAGAAAUGCUCCAAAGAUGGCGGUGGUAAUAUCGACGGGAGUUUCGGGAGCCUCCGGAGUGCAAAAAAGUGGAUUUGUGGAGGUUUUGGUGCGGGAGCGGUGGCACAAAGUUUUGGUCAACUUGAACGAGGAAGCGCUCACGUUAAGCUGCGAGGAGAGCGGCGGCAACGACAACGUGAGCGACAAUGUCAACUCCAACGGCGUCAGCAACGGAUCUUACCUUGAUAACAACAACGCUAACUCCAACAACGGCCCCAAAACUGUGCGCACCGCGUUCACGGACCUCCCGGAGCGAGUGCCCGAGGCGAUCGCCAACAGAAAGCGGUGCGUCAAGGUGACCAAGCAGGAGAUCGGGGGGCUCGGGAUCAGCAUCAAGGGAGGGAAGGAGAACAAAAUGCCCAUCCUCAUCAGUAAGAUAUUCAAGGGGCUCGCCGCGGACCAGACCCAGGCUCUGUACGUCGGGGACGCCAUCCUGUCCGUAAACGGCAUGAACCUGCGAGACGCGACCCACGACGAGGCUGUGCAGGCGCUGAAACGGGCCGGGAAAGAGGUGACUCUCGAAGUCAAAUACAUGCGGGAGGCCACGCCGUACGUCAAAAAGGGCUCCCCUGUGUCGGAGAUCGGCUGGGAAACUCCCCCUCCUGAGUCUCCCCGCAUCGGCAGCCCUCCCAUCACCUCCUCCUCCUCCUUGUUUGACCCUCCGAGCCCAGCUUCCCAGCCCUCCCUGUCUCUGCAGGGCGACAGAAGGUGCAUACCACUCAAGAUGUGUUAUGUAACCAGAGCCAUGACCACGCCAGACCCUGAGAACAGACAACUGGAGCUACACUCCCCCGACGCCAGGCACACAGUGGUGCUGCGGUGCCCAGACCAACCAUCUGCCCUGUCCUGGUUCUCUGCCAUGCACUCUGUGACAUCCACACUGGCACAGCAGGCACUGGCAGAGGUCAUCCAGAACACAGUCAGGACGGGGGUUGCUGGCAGCAAAGAGAUACGACACCUGGGAUGGCUGGCAGGGAAGACAGAGAGCGAGAAGGAGUCCUGGAGGCCAGUGCUGGUGGUAGUGACUGAGAAAGACCUGCUGCUGUAUGACAGUCUACCACGAGGCAAGGAGGCCUGGCAGAGCCCUGCGCACACUUAUCCACUUUUAGCAACACGUCUGGUCCACUCUGGUCCCGACCGGGGAUCCCCUCACUCUGGCACCGAGCUGUUCUUUGCCACUCGGACUGGCACGCGACUCGGCAUUGAGACUCACCUGUUCAGGGCUGAGACCACCAAGGAUCUGUCCAUGUGGACCAGACACAUAGUCAACGGAUGUCACGCCUCAGCUGAAAUGAUCAAAGAAGUUACGACAAGUUGUCUUUACCGGGGUCAGGAGUGCCGGCUGGUGAUUCACUACGAACAGGGCUUCUCUGUGCUGGCUGACCCCAAACUGGCAGACGGGGAGAACGGGGAGGAGAGAGGAGCUCGCACUCCUACAAGGCCCAGGGUGCUCCUCUCAUACCCCUAUGAAAAACUAAAGAUGUCCUCAGACGACGGAGUUCGCAUGCUGUUCCUCGACUUUGGAGGGAAAGAGGGGGAGAUUCAACUGGACCUCCACUCAUGUCCGAAGCCAAUCGUCUUCAUCCUCCACUCCUUCCUGUCCGCUAAGAUCUCCCGUCUGGGUCUUGUGGCCUGACGGCCUCUCUAAAGGGACAUUUCAACCCCUUUGAAAACAGAAAUCCACUUUGUUUCUUCACCUAUCUGCAGCCCGCAUGCAGUACAUAAUGUCAAACUCCUUCAGUCGGGGACCCAAGCUGAGUGAAUGUAGCUUCUUUCUGGAAAUUGACUUUUUUUGGGUCUUCACCUCUAAACUAAAGAAACACUGGAGAAACCGAUCCAGAUUGGUUUUGCUUUGAGUGGAAUGGACAGAUUUUUAGGGGGACAAACCCUCCCUUUAAGGGCUGCAUGGACUGAAGUGUUUGACUGAAGAACCACAGAAGAAAACAAGGACUGGACUAGAUGCAGAGGGAUGAUAUUUACAGUAUACAGACAGAGGGACACACCAGAGGGAGCAGAUAGGGCAUUACUGUCAUGACCAGAAUUGGAAGGACUGGACAUGUGCAACAGGGGUUGAGAUGAAUUCACUUUCAAUUCAUUCAAAAUGUAAUGGCAAACUGCCUUCCAUUUACCCUUUAUAUAAUUUAUUCACCAUUAGCUCUGAAAAGACAUUCUGAAUUUCACUUGUAAUUUUUCUUCCACAAACACUUGGCACACCGUGGGAAAAACAUUUGUCAUGCAUUUGUCUUUCUUAGCGUCCCCUGAGAUUUCUUGUUAGCAGUGUCAGCAUUCAUCUUUGAAACUGGGAGCCACAAUCGGCGACAAAGAUCUGCGCGAUGUGACAGCUGACUCAAAUUCAAAUAGUCUCAGUAUUCUUUUAACAGGUUGCAUAUGGUGACCAUCUGGUAGUAUUUCAGCGUUUGACUGAUUUGACAGCGAUCUAACAUGAGCUCUAAUAACUUCAAAAAAUAACAGUUUAGCUUCAGUUACAUGAAUUAUAAUUUACUCAAAUAUUCUGUUUUUCUUUUGUCACUUUUAAAUUCUAUGUCCCAUUUAUUGCCCAAAAGCAGGAGAAAAAGUCACAUCUAACUAAAAAGUGAGAAUAAUGGCCUGCUAUGGCAAUUUUGUCUUCAACACUGGGGAACCAGGUUUCUGUACACUAGUUUUGGACUGUGGACUAGUAAUAUAUAUACAUGGAAUUUUAUGAUAAGGACAUAUUGGAUGUAUAUGAUUAAUCUAUCCUUGAUAGUGCCAUAACCAAAUAAUGACAUAAUAUUCAGAAAACUUACGUAAACAUAUUCUGACCAGAUAAUUUAAGGCAAUAGUUUGAUUGGACAGAGAAAUACACUUCCACUUUCUUGCUGAGAUUUCACUGUCUGUAUGAAGCCACAGUCACUAGACAGUUAGCCUAGCUUAGCUUAGCGUAAAGACUAGCAACAGGGCAAAGCAGUUAGCCUGGCUCUGACCAAAGCUAACAAAAUACACCCACCAGCACCUCAUGAAUUAUCACAUUAUAUCUUCUUUGUUUAUCCUGUCUUAUUUAUUAUGAUCAGUUUGGACAGAGCUGAAAGUUUAGUCUUAACUUAGGUUAGCCUAGCUUAGCAUAAAGACUGCAACCGCCCGUGGCCAGGAAAUAGUUCAGCACACAUCUCUGGUAUUCUCAUCUAAAUCUUGGCAAGAAAGCGAGUAAGUUGAUUUCCCAAAAUUUCGGAGUAUCCUCUAAGGGCCUCCAGUGUGAUCAGACAUGAUGAUGCAGUUGGGCUCUUUCCUCUUGUGUUUAAGGGUGGACUCUUCAUCAUUUUAAGCCUUGUUAACCCAUUGAAAUCCCAGUGUACUCUGCGAAGAACUGCUGAUGUUUGCCUCGUUAACUGACAAACUACAGUCAUGUUCUGCCCCAUUGAGCAAAUGUCUGUCAUGAGUCAUUCCAGUAAUUCUUAAUAUUCAUAUUGAAAACUGAAACUCAAUCAAAUGGCGCCUCAAUCACUUAAUCGAGUAUUAUUUAUCUUACAUUACAGCAAAGUAGCCAUCGUAGGAGUCUUCAAUCCUGCUUUAGUCCUGCAGCAGCCAGUGUGGGUCAUUAUUUUUUGGAUGUUAUACAGCAGACCAAAUCUGUAUACUGCACUGUGUCUGACAUGGCCUGCUGCCAGGGCUUUCCUUGUGCCUUCAGAUGACUAAGAAGAAAACAAACAUUUGAAUUUUGACAGAAAUUAAUCAUAGAGAUCACAGGAUGAGUGUGGAGCAACAAUGUGACUUCUAUGAUGGCUACAUUAGUUCUGGCUCAACCAGCAGAAAGCUUUUGUUUGCUCUUUCCUUUAUAUAGUAACACAUAUUUCCACUUUCACACUCACACUGUGAACAAUGAUUUUACACAUUGUAAUGCUACCGCACUGUAGAAGAAAACAUCAUCUGUUUUGUUUAUACUAAAAUAUAGCGGAGGCAUUAUAACACACAAAGAAUCCAGCACUUACUGAUAACCUCAAGUGGAGAAGAAGUUCUUUGAGUAAAGGCUGCUUUGAUAUGUAGAAUACUCUGAUGCCUUCGGCAGCUACUGUACUGUCACUCAGAAUGAUAAAGCUUAGUUUUUAACUCAAACGGUGCACAUAAAUCAUGUAUUUAACAAAAGUGA